AUGUCGCUCAAGAACCUCAAGCCGAUCACCAUCAAGCGCAACCCGUCGCUGCCGGACGGCUGCCAGCUCUUCCCCAUCGCGGACAAGUGGGCGGAGCUGCUGCCCGAGCGCGUGCCGCUGCAGUUCUCGCUCUUCCGCUACUUGGGCUUCUACGUGGCCUGCACCAAGAAUGGCAAGUCGACCGUCGUCAAGUCCCGUGCAGUGGCGGCGCUGCGCGUGACCAUCCAGAACGAGGACAAGGUGGUGUUCAACGAGAGGGUGGGCACCGCCUUCCCCAACGGCGUCUACUACGUGCAGGACAUCAGAUUGGAGAACGCGGGCGUCCACACGGUGUGCGUGACGGUGGAGGGAGGACUGGCCGACGACCUGGCGCCGCUCGUGCUCAAGACCCAGGUGUUCGAGUUCAUGGAGCUGCACGAGUGCCCCGACCUGGAGAAGGGCGCGUACCAGCCGCUGCGCGAGUUCGUGCUCAACUGCAUCAAGAACGGACACCGCGAGCAGCUGCGCGACGACUCGUUCCUCGAGACCUACGUGCGCACCAAGAAACACUCGCUGCGCAACAUGGAUGCAAGGAAAAACUCGUGCCGGACCACACACAAGCGCAAGCAAGAUCAUCCGAGCCGCACGGCAGACAAGAAGACCCAUGAUAACCUUUUUGCACGCCGAAAACGCGACUGGAAACGUGUACGGGCAGGAGACUUGCGGAUGUUCACGAUUGAACCGCUGCACGCGGGGGCUACCACCACGGUAUACAGCAGCAAGGAAAUGUUCCGCCAGCUAAGCCUCUACGCUCAAGUUUAG